AAUCAAUUGGAAGUUGAGGCUGAAACUGUCAACUAGUUACUGGAUGUAUUAAGUGGAUAGAUAGAAGAUACAAUAUGUCUGUGGAUUCUAAAAGUACAGCAACUUCAGCAAAAAGUGGUGGGGGAAAGAAAAAGAAAGAAGCUCCAUUCCUAGAAAGAGAAGUUAAGCUUGUCGACAAUAGUGCACUGGACCACAAGCUACUACUUAAAACAAUGCACACAAAAUUUGUGGCUGGGUUUAAAAGAUGGAAAUCAAGGUCAAGCAGGUUCAAAAUUGCCAACCUUAUUGUUGUACUGAUUGUUAUUGGGGUGCAAGUGGGACAGGUUGUAAUUUUUCAACUGAAUUCAAGCCUAGUAUCUGCUGCAACGAAGAAAUCUAUUGCAACCAUCUUGCCUACUGUUACUGGAGCAAUACUGGCUUUACAGAUGAAACUGGCUUGGGCUGAUAAGGCAGCGAAAUGCAAAAAAAGUACUGCCAUAUACAACAAGCUGUGUAAGCACACUGAGUAUCGAAUGGACAUGUUAGAUGCUGGUGGUUCAUUUGAAGACACAACUACUAUUUGGAACACAGCUUUGGUUACAGAAUCAAAAGAUGUGCCCGCCUAUCUGAUGGCUUAUUAAACAUAAGUUUCACAACGAUUAAACCGUAGGGUCCAUUAUCAGAUAAAAAUUUACAGUGAAAAUUAUAACAUCUUUCGGUACCGAAUAUACAACUCAAAAACUAUAUAGAAAUUUAUUUAAAAUUUUAUGAAGAUUAGUUUUGGUAUUGUGCAAUAUUGUAUACAUAAGUAUGUUAAUAUAUGUAAAAUAGCC